AUGGAAUGUAAGGAGCCUAUUCGAGGAUGGAAAACUGGCAAACCUCACACGAGAAAUGGACUUAGUCUGGAUAUCCUAGGCGUUGCAGAAACCUGGUGGCCUGGGGUGGGAGAGUGCAAUGUGGAUAACAGCGUAUUCUUUUACUCUGGUAAUGAAGAUCCAAAACACAGCAAAGGUGUGGGAAUCAUAAUAACAAGAGAAAUACUGAAAUCUGUAGUGGACUUUGUUCCAUACCCGGAUCGCACUGCUUUAUUAAAACUCAGAGCCAAGCCAAGUGAUCUUAAUAUAAUACAGGUAUACGCUCCAACUGCAGAUUCGCCGGACUAUGAUGUGGAAAGAUUCUAUGAUGAAGUCAAAUUGACUAAAAAACACGACGUCAACAUAAUUAUGGGUGACUUCAAUGCCAAAAUAGGAAGGGGUAAAUUUGAGGAAAUUAUUGGUUCCUAUGGUCUUGGAGAAAGGAACGAGCGGGACGAUCGACUUCUGCAAUUCUCCCAAGAAGAGGGCAUAAAAAUAACAAAUACGGCGUUUCAACUUCACUCUCGCCGUCUCUACACCUGGAAAUCUCCAGCGGACCGACCGGCCAAUGUAAUACGAAACCAAAUAGAUUUCAUCCUCAUUAACCAAAGGUUCAGCUCAACCAUCAAAAGAGCCAGCACCUACCCUGGCGCCGAUGUUCCCUCUGACCAUGUGAUAUUAGUGUCCGUAAUGCAAAUUGCUUUAUCCAGUUAA